GCUCUCCCCUGAAGAAAUCAAAGCAUUAUUAGAAUUAGAAAAAAGAAUGAUUUCUUUAUUAAAUCGAAUUGAUAAAUUAACUGAUGCUACUGAAGAAGAGGAACAAUCAACUAAAUUAAAGAUUGAAGAGAAAAUACGCCCUCAAAUAGGUUCAAGACUUUCACCACGUACAACAACUGUUCAGUUAAAACAAGAAGAUAAUUUAGAAGAAAUACCUUCAACAAGUACUCAACAACAACAACAAUCAACUUCCCCUCCUUUACCAAUGGACGAAGCUGAAACUUUAAGGUACUAA